AUGACCAGUGCUCCAUGCGACUCCCCUCAUACCCUCGUACCUCUUACCUCCUACCCUGCAUCACCGCACCGCUACGCCCGCUAUAUCCUCUUCAUCCUUAUCACCCCACUUACCCUUUUACCGAAUCAUCUAGUCGUCCUCUGCGAUCACAGUGAAGGGUUCAUAUCGAGCAAACAGCACCAGGCCACGGGUAACGUUGAGCCCGACCCAAGCCUAACGCAAAAGAACCCUCCCUCGAGUGCUUGUACAGCACACGAAUCCACCAUUUCGUUCCGAUUCCCAUCGUCGUCUGGGAGUCCGUCUCCUCCUCCCAUCCUACCAUCGUCGCCCGAUCUGGCGCAUCAAAACCAACCCGGGCCCUCCAACCCCUACCUCGCCCUCCCGCCUCCUGAAGACGAGAUCCCCGACCUUGACGAGUUACCCUCCGAACAACCACCCUCGCCCCCACCUACCACACCUGCUCCUACCAUGUCAGGACAUCACCGCAUCACCCUCGCCGCCAAUCCUCCCUACUUCGAUGGCGACAAGUCCAAGUACCUGGGCUUUGUGGACGCGUGCACCACUUACAUCGGUGCCUAUCGGUCGGAGUUCUCGCUGGACGAGACAAAAAUCCUCUUCGUCCUGUCCUACCUCCGAAAUGAGAGCGGCACAAGCUGCGCCGCCUCGAGAUGGGCGAUGAACUGGAAGCAGCACAAUUUCGAGGGCUUCCAAGGACUAAAGGCGGGAGUCACCGCAACAAGCUUCUUGGAGGAGCUUCAGAGGGCCUUUGGGGAUUCCAACGCAGAACAAGUCGCUGCAGCCCGACUCAUGGCCCUUCGCCAGGGCAGACGGUCCUUCGCGGACUACAUCUCCGACUUCGAAAUGCUGGCUGCAGACGCGGGGUACAACGUGGUCACUUCCACCGACAGCAAGGGCGAGUACAAGAAGGGGGAACAGGACAACAUCCUCAUCGAGUUCCUGGAGCGCGGACUCAGCAGCGAAAUCGCAAGCCGCCUCUACAACACCGGCGUUCCCCUGCCCAAGGUGUUGAUCAAAUGA